AUGGCCCAGCUACGGGCCCUGUGGCUCCUGCAAGGAGUUGCACUGACUUGCAUUAUUCGCCAGAAUCUUAUUCAAGGAACGCCGGCGUUCUCCAUGAGCGAACACCAGAAGAUCAACUACCUGCUCGACACGCCGUAUUUGGGUACCAGGUUCUCGCUGCCUACCAACCUAACCACCGUCUCCUACUGCCUUCACUUCAAGAUGCUCUUUUUGGGAGAUGAGUCCUGCAACUUCCUCCUUCUCUACCCUCUGAGUCUCGUCCUGUUCGCUUCUCAAGAUUUGUACUUCAGUGAGGGGUCUUCAUUGAUCUCCACGGUGCUGGACUUCAAGAUGCCCAUACGCGAGUGGGUGCACUUGUGCAUAUCCGUCUUUGUCGCUUCUCAAGAUUUGUACUUCAGUGAGGGGUCUUCAUUGAUCUCCACGGUGCUGGACUUCAAGAUGCCCAUACGCGAGUGGGUGCACUUGUGCAUAUCCGUCUUUGGUGACAAUAAAGUCUACAUAAACGGGGUGGAAAAACGUACGAGUGUGAUCACCGGUUCAUCAAGUCAGAUGCCGAAGUUGCAGGAAUACACGCUCUCGUUCGGGUCCAAUUACGAAAUAAAAUCCAUCGCUGACCAGGAUUUUGGAGCACACAUCGCCGUCCCUGUCAUGCUGCCAAGGAAAAUUUCCCAAGAGGAGGUCACGGCACUUGCCCAGUGCCAGGUUCCCCCCGCGGAUAACGUCGUGGCAGGAUUGGCGUGGCAGGAAAUGCGAUAUUUGCGCGACAAAAACGCGAUUUUGACCCGCAAUGUGGAGCUGGACCCAGAGAUCCCCCUCAGCCCGUGGGCGCUGCUCAACUCUUCCUAUAGCCGCCCAUCUUCACUUCCUCAACCUGCCGUGGAAGUGUUGGACCUAAACCCAUGCGCCGUCCGCACCACGGUGCUGCGCUACCUGGGCACAGGUGGCUUCACUUACGACGAGGCUGCCAGCUGGUGCAAGAAGUUCACAGGCGUUUUACCAUCUGCCAACCACUCUGAAAUAAAGAGCAUGAAGGAAGCGCUGACUGCGGUACGAUCUGAUGUGGUCUUGUGGGUGCAAGGAAAGUCCCGGAACAACACGUGUUCCGCGUCCAUUCGUUAUGAUUUGAGCAACGAGACACACGUAGAAGUGGACUGCGACAGUAAGAUGAAGAAGAUGCUGGUGUGCCAGCUCAACAGAUACCAGUCUAUGCAAGUUAAGAUACAUGGCAAGUAA